GCUUAGAGUCUGACGUACACGGCACAGCGCGACGGCUAGUCUAUCAACGGUCCAUUCGAACGCCAUUGAUUUACGUUUUCUAUCUGCAAGUUCAUUCCGCCGUUUUGGACCGAGUUUGCGGGUGUAUGUAUGUGUGUGUGCGGGCAAAUUCUACCGACAUUGGCAAAAAGUUCACGUCUCAUUGAAGCGUUCCACCGUCCGACGUCUAUGAAACGUAAAACAACAAACAAUUCAUAGAAAAAACAUAAAAAUUGUGAAAAAUCAAAAGCAAAAAGAACAAAAAAGAUAGACACUUACAAUUAAAUACAACUAAAGCAGUGAUAAACGGAAAAGCGAUCUGAAUGGAAAAACAAUCAAAACUAUGGAUGUCUGAAGCAAACGAAAGCAAAAAAAAAAAAGCAAACCAAGUACGGCAUGACAGAAACUUGCCAAAUUGAAUUACAUCGACAAGUUGUUUUGAAAAUCGUCAUUGCCAACGAAGAAAAAACAACUGCAGACGGCAACUUGGAGCAAGCAAAAACAACACAGACCGACCGACCGAGCAAUCGAUAAGGUCUCCGCUAUCGACGUCUUCGUUUCGUGAUUUUCUCGUGAAAACAAACAUCAAAGACAAAUAAGAAGGCACGUUAUGAAACAAGAAUCGUCCGACAACAAAAAUCGCCAAUAAAAUCAAAGUAAAAUUGCUUUUUAAUGUGCGUCUAAAGUGCAAAAACAUUGCGGACUGAAGAAACUUUUCUCACCAGCAUUGGCAUUCAUUCACUCACUCACAGCCAUCCUUCCACAUUCCAGCACUAAGAAGAUAGUGUCGUUACCGCCAAUACAACGCAUGUUCCUGGAAACAAAGACGCAAAAGAGAUCCAUUUGUUUGACCUCGUUUUUUGGUCGUCAAGAAGUUCCGACAUAGCCUGCCAGGCAAUAACAAAAUCAUCGUUUCGUUAACGCCGUCUGGCUCAGCUUCAGCCACCCUCACCCACAAGUUAGCCGGGGGAAACUAAAGCGCCAAUAAUUUCUGAUACUUCCGCCAAAAAGAUAAACUUUUGUUUACAAAAGUUUGUUCUUACGAUACCCUGUCGUCUGCCUCCUGUACCGUGCCAUGGCCUAUCCAAUGCGAGUGUAUUUUGUGUAGGACUUCAAGACGUUAUCCAUAGACAUUCCAUAAGCUUACUUAUACUCGGUGUUAGAGUGAGAGUAAGAGAUACACAAAUCGAAACGUGUAAAGAAUACGAUUUCAAAAAAAGAAAAAAAAAAAAAAAAGACUUAAAAAUAUUAAAACACCAAUUCUAAAUCGAUCCUGCGCCAGUGCAAGCAAUAAAUCAUUCAUCCAUUUUAUAUCGAAAAUAUUCAAACUUGAAAAAGUCCAGUCUCGGAGAUACCGCCAAAAUUGCUGAGUUCAUUCAAUUACAUCAUAUCGACGGCGGUGGUACUCUGCCCAGUACCAUCAACAACAGCCUCAACAUUUCGGCCACCAACGUCAAAAUAAACAACAACAACUUGGGUGUCACGAUGCGGGAGAAAAAGAGCGGUGCCCUUCAGAAACUCAAAAAGAGGCUUUCACACAGUUUCGGAAGAUUAACAAUAUCCAGAGAAGAUAACGAUGACUCAACACAUCAUCACCACCACCAUCAUCAUCACCAUCAUCGAGGUGGCCAUAGUCACAAUCACGGUAAUAAAGUUCCCUACAAUGGUUAUAACUCCGAGGAGUAUUUGGAUAGACUGGAACCAAACGGUAACAUACCAUCAGACAAAACCAACUGCAGAUAUGGAGCUCCUGAACCUGCAAAAAAUGAAAAACCAAAAGACUGGCGUAGUACAGAUGGCACUGACCACCACGAUCGUGUCCAGAGACAAUUGUCCGUCUCAUCCGAUAGCAAGCUGUUAGACGAUGACAUUAGGGAAGAAACACGGGUAAUAAUGCGUCCCAAGAAACCACCCAGACCCAAAUCCGAAGUAUUCCUCAACAAGCAAGAGCAACAUCCGCGUCGCAAACGUUUCAGUGCAUUUGGGGGUGAUUCGCCGUUCGGAAAACAAGAUGCCUACGUAAAAUUGGAACCUUUGGGAGAAGGAUCUUAUGCCACAGUAUACAGGGGAUUUAGCAAACUAACUUAUCAACGUGUUGCUCUCAAAGAAAUCAGACUGCAGGAGGAGGAAGGAGCUCCCUUUACAGCGAUACGCGAAGCAUCCCUACUCAAAGAACUGAAGCACUCAAAUAUCGUAACGUUGCAUGAUAUUGUACAUACGAGGGAAACCCUAACAUUUGUAUUCGAAUAUGUGAAUACCGAUUUAUCUCAAUAUAUGGAAAAACAUCCCGGCGGCCUGGAUCACCGCAACGUUCGAUUGUUUUUGUUUCAGCUGUUGCGUGGCCUCUCCUACUGCCAUAAACGCCGUGUUUUGCACCGUGAUGUCAAACCUCAGAAUCUGUUGAUUAGCGAUUGUGGUGAAUUGAAAUUGGCCGAUUUUGGUUUGGCGCGAGCAAAGAGUGUGCCCAGCCAUACAUAUUCACAUGAAGUCGUAACGUUAUGGUACCGUCCACCCGAUGUUCUACUCGGUAGUACGGAGUAUUCGACGUCACUGGAUAUGUGGGGUGUCGGAUGUAUAUUUGUCGAGAUGGUAACUGGUAUGCCAACAUUCCCCGGUAUACGUGAUACAUACGAUCAAUUGGAUAAAAUUUUCAAACUUCUGGGCACACCAACGGAGGAGACAUGGCCGGGCUGUACACAUUUCCCAUGCUAUAAACCGCAUAAAUUAGGUUUUUAUCGUCCUCGCAAAUUAGGUCACAAUUUUCCUAGACUAUACGAUAUCGUGGAAGGUGAAGCGAUAGCGAAUGCUUUCCUCCAAUUGAAUCCGGACGAGAGGAUAGGUGCCGAGGAGGCGUUACAUCAUCCAUAUUUUGCGCAAUUACCAAAAAAACUAUAUGAAUUGCCAGAUGAAACCUCCAUAUUCACCGUUGAAGGUGUGCAUUUGUAUCCGGAACCUAAUCGGCAGAGUAAAUGAAAAUUAAAGCAAGUCCUUUCAGUGGAUGGUGUACGUUUCUACUGUUAGCAGUAAACCCAAUUUCAUCGCAUACAUAAUAAUAAUAAUGGUGAUUAUAACAACAACAACAGCAGCAACAAGAACAACUCCAACAUUAACAACAACAGCCAUAAAAAUAACAUCUAAAAGUAAAGUUAAAGGAAAAAACUUAAAGUACUUUAGAGUUUCUUUUUAUAAAAUAAUUAAUUAAUAGUUAUUAUUUUUUAUAUUAUUCCUUCCUUCCACCUCUCUCCCUCUCUCCCAUCUUCUAUAUGUAUACAUAAUUAUACAGUAAUGUUCAUUAUUUUUUAUCUUUCAUUUUCAAUGUGAUCAAUGUUUCCGAUACUUUUCAACAAUAACAAAAAAAAAAUAGAAAUUAUAACACAAAAAAUAAAACAGACAGACAAAGAACGUAACGUAAAACAAACUUAAGAAAAACUAAUUAAACAACAAAACGAAGGGAAAACGCGUUUUGAAAUGAUAAACAUAGUUUUAAGUAACUAAAAUUUAAACAAUUAUAUACAAAUUAAAAACUAGUUUAACUAAAAAUUUAUAAAAUAAUUAAAACCGUAGCAGAAAUAAAUAAAACGCCAAAAUUCGAAUGAAUAUCUAAAAACACAAGAAAAAAGAAAACAAAAACAACUCGAACAACUUUUAAAAUAAAGAAAUUUUAAACACGUGCCUCCAGGUCCUCAGGUCCUUGAUGAGCGUAAGCACCAAUUAAAAAAUCACAAAACAACAACAGCAUCAAAAGUAAUCUAAAAAAAAAAACAAAA